CCCGCCCAGCUAGUCCUCCCGUCUUGCGCCGCGGCCGCGAGAGCCGUGUUUCUUCCAAGAUGGUGGCGCUGGGUUCGGGGUGACUACAGGAGACGACAGGGCCUUUUCCCCUUCGCCGCGACCCCGACACACCAGCCUUCGCUCGCUCGCGCACCCUGCCGCCGCGUAGCCGUCCGCCGGCCCAGGCGCCCGUCAUCCGCCGCCGAGUUACGCUUCACCUCUGCCGACCCCGCGCUCACGGCAGCGGGCGGCGGCGCCUCCCUCGGCUCCUCCUCGGAGUAGCUCGCGGCCUAUAGCCCCUGCCUGGAGCGCCCCGCAGCCCCCCAGUGUGGACAGACAGCGGCGGCCAGCGACGAACGCCGGGUUUUCGGCGGUCCCGGCGCCCCCUUUCCCGGCCUCGGUUUCCGGAGAAGGAAGCGCGGGUCCCGCAUGAGCCCCGGCGGUGGCGGCAGCGAAAGGGAACGAGGCGGUGGCGGGCGGAGGCGGCGGGCGAGGGCGACGACGACCAGUGAGGCGGCCGCAGCCCAGACGCGGGGGCGACGACAGGUUAAAAAUCUGUAAGAGCCUGAUUUUAGAAUUCACCAGCUCCUCAGAAGUUUGGCGAAAUAUGAGUUAUUAAGCCUACGCUCAGAUCAAGUUAGCAGCUAGACUGGUGUGCCAACCUGUUUUUAAUCAGUGACUCAAAGCUGUGAUCACCCUGAUGUCACCGAAUGGCCACAGCUUGUAAAAGGCCGUUAACUGGGAGCUUGAUUGGAAGUAGAGCAGCUGGGACACAAACUGGAACCCAUAUGAGCUGCCAGCUUUGCAGGUGGUGGCUUUACCCACUGCAACACAACACCAGCCGCUGUUGGAUUACUUUACAGCAGUGGUUGACUAAUGCUGUUUAUAAAAAUGAAUAAGAUCACCAGGAGAACCUCAGUCUGACGACAUUGAAGCUAGCCGAAUGAAGCGAGCAGCUGCAAAGCAUCUAAUAGAACGCUACUACCAUCAGUUAACUGAGGGCUGUGGAAAUGAGGCCUGCACGAAUGAGUUUUGUGCUUCCUGUCCAACGUUUCAUCGUAUGGAUAACAAUGCAGCAGCUAUUAAAGCCCUUGAGCUUUAUAAGAUUAAUGCAAAACUCUGUGAUCCUCAUCCCUCCAAGAAAGGAGCCAGCUCAGCUUACCUUGAGAACUCGAAAGGUGCCCCUAACAACUCUGAGAUAAAAAUGAAUAAGAAGGAAGGAAAAGGACCUCGAAUUGAUUUUAAAGAUGUGACAUACCUAACUGAAGAUUUGGUAUAUGAAAUUCUUGAAUUAUGUAGAGAGAGAGAGGAUUAUUCACCUUUAAUCCGUGUUAUUGGAAGAGUUUUUUCAAAUGCUGAGGCAUUGGUCCAGAGCUUUCGGAAAGUCAAACAACACACAAAGGAAGAACUGAAAUCUCUUCAGGGAAAGGAUGAAGACAAGGAUGAAGAUGAAAAGGAAAAAGCUGCAUGUUCUGCUGCUGUCGCUGCUGCUGCUGCUGCUGCUAUGGAAGAGGAUUCAGAAGCAUCUUCCUCAAGGUUCGGUGAUAGUUCACAGGGAGACAACAAUUUACAAAAGUUAGGCCCGGAUGAUGUGUCUGUGGAUAUUGAUGCCAUUAGAAGGGUCUAUACCCGAUUGCUCUCUAAUGAAAAAAUAGAAACUGCCUUUCUCAAUGCACUUGUAUAUCUGUCACCUAAUGUGGAAUGUGAUUUGACAUAUCACAAUGUAUACUCCCGAGAUCCUAAUUAUCUGAAUUUGUUUAUUAUUGUAAUGGAAAAUAGAAAUCUCCACAGUCCUGAAUAUCUGGAAAUGGCUCUGCCGUUAUUUUGCAAAGCAAUGAGCAAGCUACCCCUUGCAGCCCAAGGAAAACUGAUUAGACUGUGGUCUAAAUACAGUGCAGACCAGAUUCGGAGAAUGAUGGAAACAUUUCAGCAGCUUAUUACUUACAAAGUCAUAAGCAAUGAAUUUAACAGUCGAAAUCUGGUGAAUGAUGAUGAUGCCAUUGUUGCUGCUUCCAAGUGCUUGAAAAUGGUUUACUAUGCAAAUGUAGUCGGAGGGGACGUGGACACAAAUCACAAUGAAGAAGAUGAUGAAGAACCCAUCCCUGAGUCCAGUGAAUUGACACUUCAGGAGCUUUUGGGAGAGGAAAGAAGAAACAAGAAAGGUCCUCGGGUGGACCCACUGGAAACUGAACUUGGUGUUAAAACUCUGGAUUGUCGAAAACCACUUAUCCCUUUUGAAGAAUUUAUUAAUGAACCACUGAAUGAUGUUCUAGAAAUGGAUAAAGAUUAUACUUUUUUCAAAGUAGAAACAGAGAACAAAUUCUCUUUUAUGACAUGUCCCUUUAUAUUGAAUGCUGUCACAAAGAAUUUGGGAUUAUAUUAUGACAAUAGAAUUCGCAUGUACAGUGAACGAAGAAUCACUGUUCUCUACAGCUUAGUUCAAGGACAGCAGUUGAAUCCAUAUUUGAGACUCAAAGUCAGACGUGACCAUAUCAUAGAUGAUGCACUUGUCCGGCUAGAGAUGAUCGCUAUGGAAAAUCCUGCAGACUUGAAGAAACAGUUGUAUGUGGAAUUUGAAGGAGAACAAGGAGUUGAUGAGGGAGGUGUUUCCAAAGAAUUUUUUCAGUUGGUUGUGGAGGAAAUCUUCAAUCCAGAUAUUGGUAUGUUCACAUAUGAUGAAUCCACAAAGUUGUUUUGGUUUAACCCAUCUUCUUUUGAAACUGAGGGUCAAUUUACUUUGAUUGGCAUAGUACUGGGUCUGGCUAUUUACAAUAACUGUAUACUGGAUGUACAUUUUCCCAUGGUUGUCUACAGGAAGCUAAUGGGGAAAAAAGGAACUUUUCGUGACUUGGGAGAUUCUCACCCAGUUCUAUAUCAGAGCUUAAAGGAUUUAUUGGAAUAUGAAGGGAAUGUGGAAGAUGAUAUGAUGAUCACUUUCCAGAUAUCACAGACAGAUCUUUUUGGUAACCCCAUGAUGUAUGAUUUAAAGGAAAAUGGUGACAAAAUUCCAAUUACAAAUGAAAACAGGAAGGAAUUUGUUAAUCUCUAUUCUGACUACAUUCUGAAUAAAUCAGUAGAAAAACAGUUCAAGGCUUUUCGCAGAGGUUUUCAUAUGGUGACCAAUGAAUCUCCCUUAAAGUACUUAUUCAGACCAGAAGAAAUUGAAUUGCUUAUAUGUGGAAGCCGGAAUCUAGAUUUCCAGGCACUAGAAGAAACUACAGAAUAUGACGGUGGCUAUACCAGAGACUCUGUUCUGAUUAGGGAGUUCUGGGAAAUCGUUCAUUCAUUUACAGAUGAGCAAAAAAGACUCUUCUUGCAGUUUACAACUGGUACAGACAGAGCACCUGUGGGAGGACUAGGAAAAUUAAAGAUGAUUAUAGCCAAAAAUGGCCCAGACACAGAAAGGUUACCUACAUCUCAUACUUGCUUUAAUGUCCUUUUACUUCCGGAAUAUUCAAGCAAAGAAAAACUUAAAGAGAGAUUGUUGAAGGCCAUCACAUAUGCCAAAGGAUUUGGCAUGCUGUAAAUCAAAAUAAAAACAGAAACAAAAAAAGGAAGAAAAAAUUAAAUUUUAAUAAAUAUAAUAAGAGGGAUAAAUUUGGUUGUGAUAGUGUCCCAGUAUAAAAAGGCUGUAAGAUAGUGAACCACAGUAGUCACCUCUGUCUGUGCCUCCCUUCUUUAUUGGGGACAUGUGGGCUGGAACAGCAGAUUUCAGCUACAUAUAUGAACAAAUCCUUUAUUAUUAUUAUAAUUAUUUUUUUGCGUGAAAGUGUUACAUAUUCUUUCACUUGUAUGUACAGAGAGGUUUUUCUGAAUAUUUAUUUUAAGGGUUAAAUCACUUUUGCUUGUGUUUAUUACUGCUUGAGGUUGAGCCUUUUUGAGUAUUUAAAAUAUAUUUACCAACAAAACUACUCUCCCAAGGAAAACAUUGCCACCAUUUGUAGACCAUGUAACCUUCAAGUGUGUGCUAUUUUUGUCCCUGUUAUCUAACACAAAUCAGGAACUGUGUUUUUUUUUUUUUUUUUAACAAUUUGCUUUUGAAACUUGAAGUCUUUGAAACAGUGUGAUGCAAUUACUGCUGUUCUAGUCCCCAGAGUUUUCUGUGCAAAAUCUUAAGAAUUAAUAAAGAUGGAAGGGAGAACUUGGAAUGUUUUAACUGCAGCCCUCAGAACUUUACUUUAGUAACAGCACAACAAAUUAAAAACAACUCAUGCCACAGUAUGUUGUCUUCAUCUGUCUUGCAACCAACUGUUUGAGUAGCCAAUCCUUUCUUAGUAUAUGAAAGGACACAGAUUUUUUUUGUUGUUGUUCUUGUUAAGUUUACUGGGAAAAGUGCAUUUGGCCAAAUGAAAUGGUAGUCCAGCCUAUUUCAACAACGUUAGGAAGUUGCUUAUUAUUUAAAAAAAAAAAGCAUGUGAAAGUGCACUUAAACUUUUUAUUAGUUAUUACCUAGAUUUUAAAUAGACAAUCCAAAGUCUCCCCUUCAUGUUGCCAUCAUUUUGUUUAAUCAACUGUUUUAGCAAGGCACAUGAUCAGUGUUGCAGCAUAUUGGAAAGGAUGGCUACUGUGCCUUGUGUUACUUAGACAGUAAGUAGACCUGGAAAGGAAUGGAGCUAUCACUCCUAAGAAUUACGUUGUGUGUCCCCAAAGAUUAAAUUUGCUUCAGAAAGUGUUAGAAUCACUUUCAUAUACUGUGGGUGGCAAAAGUCCAAAUAGGUUUAAAUUGCUGGCUGUUCAGAAGUAAGUAGUUUUCCCUUUCCUAAUAUUCUGUGUCUGUGAUGUUAUUUUCUUUUAUUGCAUUAUGAAAUAAAAGGAUUAUGUAUUUUUAACUAAGA